CAAAUGUCAACUGUCACUGCAGUGUAGUGGACUGUAGUGUUUUGAAAAAUAUUCACACCUCAUCCUCGUCUCAAAACAAAUUCAAAAUUCUUUAAAAUCUUUUGUAAAUAAAAAGUAUACAAUGAAUUUUGGGGGAACGUUAAGAGUAAACAAAUUUGCGUGUUUCACGUUAGGUUUUAUAUUGUUUUUAAUAAUUUAUUGGCGAAGUGGGAAUGCUGGUUUUCCUUUAGAGAAAAGUGAUCUUAUUAACUUAAAAAGCUUAUUAAAAGCGACAAUUCAAGCCGCGGAGAUGGGUGGGAAGAAGGUUUUGGAGGGGAACAGUCACGAACUGAAUAUAAAAAGUAAAGGUAAAACGUUGGAAGGUGUAAAUGACCCGGUGACCGAUGCAGACUAUGCCUCACAUUGCGCAAUGUACUACAGCUUGAAGAACACGUUUGAGAAGUUGACGGUGGUGUCUGAGGAGCAUUCGAAGAGUGGUUCAGGUUGUGAAAACCAGCCAAUGUUAGAUGUGGACAAAGCAUUGCCAGGAAACAGUAUAAUAGACUACUUGAAUGAUGAACUAGUUUAUAUGAAGGAUGUUACAGUGUGGAUCGACCCGUUGGAUGCGACGAAAGAAUAUACAGAGGGCCUGUACCAGUAUGUGACCACCAUGGCGUGUGUAGCCAUUAAAGGGGUGCCGAUCAUUGGAGUGAUCCACUACCCGUUCCUGCCGCGCACUUACUGGGGCUGGUUCACUAAGAAACCUUCAGCCAACAUGCCUAUUGUACCACAUAAGGAGGAAAACAAGGAACACCCCAGAGUUGUGAUCUCUCGCUCACAUCCUGGUAAAGUGGAGGAAAUAGCGAAAACAUCUUUCGGGCCGAAGACAACGGUCUCGAUGGCAGCAGGCGCUGGUUACAAGGUGAUGGAAGUGGUGAACGGUACCUACGACGUGUACCUACAUGCGACUGCCAUCAAGAAGUGGGACUUGUGCGCAGGCGACGCGAUCAUUAAGACAGUGCAUGGUAAAAUGAGCACUAUAAAAGGUGAAUCUAUAGACUACUCGGCAGACAGUAAUGUGAAGGUCUCGGGAGGGAUCCUGGUGACCAGGUUUGACCAUGAAUACUACCAGAGCAAGCUGCCCUUAGAACUGGAUGGUGUACAUUAGCAUGUGAGGUGUUGUGUGACUGACUCUGCCAAUGUGGUUGUACAUACAUAAUUAUGGGCUGUUUCACUAUAUCUGAUUAGGAUUCUUGGUAGUCUAACUGAUGAAUAAUUAUUUGACGAAAUGUGUCAGUUAGCGUAACAACAAGUCAAUCAGAGAUUGGGAAACAGGCCCAUGAUAUAUGUUGGAAGCUGUUACUGUAAUGUACAUGUAAAGUGUACUUGUGUGAGUGCAGCUUGUACUGUAAUUAGUACUACUCUCGUUUUGGUUUGUGUUACUUUUAGUUUUCUAGUCUAAUGCACAAAAUUUCUCAUUUCAUAAUCAUUCUCUAUUGAUCUAAUUACAGUGAUAGAUAACUGUACUACCUAAUUUAUUUAUUAUCAUCAGUCUCAAGUAUAAUUAUUAAAUGUUAUCAAAUCUCCAUGUGUGGUUUUGGGCUGUGAAUUUAAAUUAUAAUAUCUAAUAGAUUUCAAUUAAAAAUGCCUCGAAUUAAUAAUUUAUAUCAAAUAAAGCUCACUUUUACUCAAAUCUCUAAAUUAUUAAAUAUUGCUCUUUGGAAGCUAAAAUAUUGUAAAUACACAUAGCAUAAGUGCUCGAAAUCUGCUGAUGUAGCAAAGUAUUUUGUUCACGGCGAAAACAAAAUCGACGUAUCGAACACAUAAUAAGCAAAAAUAAUCCCUAAAAGAAAGAAAUAGGGUUUGUUUAGGCUUAGAUUUGGGUAUUUUAGCUGUGUAUUAUAAAAUCUUUAUAUUAUUAUUUUUUUCUAGUAGCACUGAUUUGAUUUGUGAAUUAUCGAAUAUACUUCGUACAAAAUUGUCGUUGUGAAUAAACGCAAUAAGGCAGGUACUUAAUGUAUUACUAAAUUAAAUUAAUUGAAUAUUGUAAUUAACUAUAGUCUAUUCACAAUAGCAUUAGACAGAAGUAAAAAGGGUAUUUUUAGGGAUCACUUUGUAAUAAUAGUGACACACCAUGAAGUUAUAGAUAUAUCUGAAUGAGAAUCUGUUGUCUCAACAUAAGUUUGAGUUAAAUAUUAAAUGAUUAUAUUAGAUGCAUCUGUAAAGAAAAUGACUUACAACUAUUAGAAUAUUUGAACUGGUAAGUCUUUUCAGAUAUACUUUUUCAAUUAGCUAAUAGCUAUUAUAUUCAUACAAUUUUUAAGGGCUGGGUCUUAUUAGUAACUUGUAUGUUUGUAUUUAUUAGUAAUAUAAUCUACUAAAUUGAAAACAUCUAUAAUCUGGGAUAAACUUAAUAAUGGGUACCCUGCUAAGAAAGAGAGGAUCAGACUACUAUGAGCGAGAUAAGAAUACAUAGGAUGGUUUCAAGAGGGUUUUCGUAAAUUUUUAUCUAAUGUUCAUGGCACGUAUAUAAUUGUGCUUUGACAGUUCUUAGUUUUUUCCUUACUGGGAUCAAAGUCAUCCAAUGUAUGUUGAACUAUACUGCCAGUGUCAAAUAAUUUCUUACUUAUAGACAAUACAAUGACAAAAACCUAGAAGCAGGGGCUGUCAGCACCUGUAACACUUUCCAUUACACUACAUAAAGUAAUUAUUUGUAUCGGUAUAAAUGUUAUAAAUAAUUUUCCCGAUGUGUUGUAUUGUAAAUAAUAUAUAUGAUCUGUAAGAAGGAAUCUUGUUGAUAGAU